UUAUAAUAAAUAGGUAAAUAUUCACCACAUAUAGUAUAAACAUAACUCACUGCAAUACAGUGUAAAUCGAAACGAAACGUCUGAAAGUUGGAUACAUUGUUGCAGCAGCCAUAUUCCUCAAUGUCUUGUCCACCGCUGUUGUAAUAAUAAUAAUAAUGCAGGCAAAAAAAGCCACCAUACAGCUCCAUUCAGUCUCCCAGUAAUGUCCUGCGUGGAAAGUGUCUACAGAUGAGAUGAGUAUUGUGUGUUCUCAGGCUGUAAACAGAGACUUGGAGCAGCACAGCUCUAGAAGGCAGCUGAGGAGGAGGAGGAGGAGGAGGAGGGUGGCUGGAAGGAGGAGGAGGAAGGAGGGAACAUGCCUGGGAUUUUUUUUUUCCUCUUCUUUCUAAGAGCAAUCAGCUUGUAAGGUGGGAGAGAGAAGGAGAGCAGGCAGCCUCUGCAAAGGACAGCAAGGUACUGCUGGCUGCUCAUCCUCUCCAAACUAGCUGACCUAGACCCAAGCUGCAGACUUGUGGAGGACAAGGUUGGAGUCUGGAAGAUGCUUCCUCAUGGGUCUUCUCCAAUGAUGGGAGGCAUUGACCCUUCUUGCGUGAAGAUCUGAAGAAGGUGCAUACAAUCCAGGGGAUACCACCAGUAAAGGAUCAGAGACCUUCCCUGUCUACUGUCCAUCAAGAAGUGAUAGGGUUGGGAGUGGUGGGACCACAGAUCACUCCUUCACACAACUAUUUCCCAGCUUCUCUUGACAUCUGGGUGUCAGGAAUACUCUUCUGUUUACUAUGAGAUGUGUGAGAGCUGAAGGAAUGGGAUUUCUCCUAAUUCUGAGCAGUGCCCCCCUGUGCUGAUGUCUUCUUGUGCUGCACCCCCUCCUCUGGACACCAGAAGACUCUCUUGGUGCCGCCUGGAGGUGUCAUAGUAAAAGUUUGCUGAAGAUUAGACUUCCCAGCUGGAGUUUAUUUGGUCUUCUUCUCCAUUCAUUGUUUUCCUUUGACAGUUGCCACAGGGUAAUUCAUGACCAGGGAUAGAAGGUUCCUCAUAGCAUUAGGAUUGUGUCUGGACAAGUCAUAUCUUCUCCACCAUCCUUCUUCAUCCCUCAGGCAUUAUCUGCUGCCCUUGGCGUUGGCAGAAGUUUCUUCACUUUGUUCCCUUUGGAUAUAGCAGGUCAUCCCUAGAGGAAGGAUUAUUCUUCUUACCUUGGCAUUGGGUCUCCCCUUUUAGGAGUUGAAGACAUUUCUCUUCCCCCCCCCCCCCCCCAGCAUCAUGGAAAGGGUUAAGAAGACCAACUCGAUAGUUGGAGUUGUGUUACUUUUCAGGUUGUUGGUCGAUCACUAUCCGUUGACUGCAGCAGAGAUGGAGCCAGACGUGUCUUAUUCAAUUACUCAUAUUGUGACCAAGGCGGAUAAAACAGUUUCUAUGGAUCUGCACGUACCCAGGCACAGAUGGAGAAGACGUUCUCUGGAUACAAACCGGCCAAGCUUGGGUCACGAUUUCUCUGACGCUGCAAGUCUGUCAGACCUUUUUCUGGAUGACAAUGACAAUGGCACAGACAUCGAGGAAGAUAUGGAUCACAAGUAUUAUACGUCUAGAAUGUUUGGACCAUUGGAUUCAGCCAGUCGGGAUUUAUGGGUCAACAUCGAUCAAAUGGAAAAGGAAAAAGUAAAGAUUCACGGAAUUCUAUCAAAUACUCAUCGGCAAGCAGCUAGAGUGAACCUGUCCUUUGAUUUUCCAUUCUAUGGCCAUUUUCUACGUGAAAUUACAGUGGCCACCGGAGGUUUUAUAUAUACAGGAGAAGUUGUUCACCGGAUGCUCACCGCAACACAAUAUAUUGCUCCCUUGAUGGCCAAUUUUGAUCCAAGCGUUUCGAGAAAUUCUACAGUCAGAUACUUUGACAACGGCACCGCACUUGUGGUUCAGUGGGACCAUGUUCACCUGCAGGACAACUACAGUCUUGGUAGCUUCACCUUUCAGGCCACUUUAAUCAAUGAUGGUCGAAUUGUCUUUGGAUACAAGGAAAUUCCGGUUCCAGUAAUGGAGAUCAGCUCCACCAAUCAUCCUGUGAAGGUUGGCCUCUCAGAUGCUUUUGUUGUGGUCCACAAGAUUCAGCAGAUUCCCAAUGUUCGCAGGAGAACAAUAUUUGAAUAUCACAGGGUGGAACUUGAAAUGUCUAAGAUUACCAACUACUCUGCAGUCGAGAUGCUGCCUCUUCCAACUUGUCUCCAGUUUAACAGCUGUGGCUCCUGUGUCAGAUCCCAAAUUGGUUUCAACUGCAGCUGGUGCAAUAGUCUCCAAAGAUGCUCCAGUGGUUUUGAUCGCCAUCGGCAAGACUGGGUGGAAAAUAGCUGUCCUGAAGAGUCCAAAGAGAAGAUAUGUGAAGAUUUCUUAGCGACCACGGCACCGCCACGUCACACCACCAGCAGAUCACAUGUGACAACGUCCAGGCAUUAUACCACAACAUCAAGAUCAACAACAUCUCAUCUACCGAGCAGCCUCCCCACAGAGGAUGACACAAAGAUCGCACUGCAUCUCAAGGACAAUGGAGCCUCAACAGACGACAGUGCGGCGGAGAAGCAGCGCGGGUCCUUGCACACAGGAUUAAUUAUAGGAAUCCUUGUACUGGUGCUGGUGGUUGUCGUGGCCAUCCUCGUAACAAUUUACAUGUACCAUCACCCGACAUCUUCUGCCAGUCUCUUCUUCAUUGAGAGACGCCCGAGCAGGUGGCCGGCAAUGAAGUUCAGGCGGGGAUCAGGUCAUCCUGCUUAUGCUGAAGUAGAACCUGUUGGGGAAAAAGAAGGCUUCAUUGUAUCAGAGCAAUGCUGAGUUUUUGGAACAAUGCACCAGUACUGGUUUCUGGUGGAAGACGUUUAAAUUUUUUUUGCAUAUAUUUUCCAGGAAAAAUAAUGCUGUGAGCUACUUAUCCAGAGACAAGUGUUAUUUCUCAUGAUCGCCAAUCAAGAAGAAAGAUUACUUUGCUCUGAAGUGUAAAAGCUGCUCACGGUAGUCUUCCUAUUGUGGAAUAUAAGUAGUACGUCCUGGGCAACAUAGCUGGACAACAGUAGUGAAUGGACAACAACUCUUCUACUGGCUUCAGAAGAGACUUUACACAAGAACAACUCCAACAUAUAAGAGGUCUCUAUGGAAAAAGCAUUCAUAAAUCUUUCCAUGGACAAGUGUGAGUGCAGCUUAGCCAAUUCUAUCGAGCAAGCGGAAGUGACAUGUAAGCAUGGCAGGACGAGGCGUUCUUGUGCUUCUGAAUAAGUGAUUUCUUGGACUCUUUUUACAGACAGUGCACAUAGGCAUCAAUGACCCGGAUACAUGACCAUGAUACAAAGUGGUUUAUUGCUGUCUACUUAGUAUUGUGCUUUAUAUACAUAUGACAAAUGUGGACAGAGUGAUAUUCUGUUUUCUUUUAUUUAUGUCCAAACAUAAUUAUCCCCGGGUGACCUCUACAGCUGUUAUCAAAAUUCUAUGUGGAUUGAUGAACGAAAAUGGGGCUGCAGACAAUGGGUAACAUUUCCAAAGGGUCAAAGUAUCUGUGUUUUCCUGGCAUAAGCUGCAUGGAGUCCUCUUGGGUUAUGACGCUAUCUAUGGUCCUGAAAAAAAUGUUAUAUGUAUUGGGAAGGGUUGUAUAUAUAGAUGCAAAAGACAUAGCUGGAAUAAAGCAAAAUAGAAAAUGGGUUGUUUACACACACACUUAUUCAUCUCUGGAUGCAGCCAAAUAGCUCUACAGCACACCUUAUUAUCUCAAUGUGAUGGAACGUUCUCUGUUCUAUCGUUUUCAUACAGAAGCACCAUAAAUAGUUCAAGAUGCAUGCUGUGUAGUAGAAAACAGAGACUCAGAAAGGGGCUCAAACGGUAACAGUACAUGUAUAGAUACUUGACUAUACACAUUCUUCUGCAGCCAGGACAUGCAAUAUAAGUCGAGCCCUCCGACCUUUGCAAAUGUUGCCCAAAGUCUUCUCAGGAACAUUUCUAGAAAUGCUAUGUCUUCAACAGAUCAACUUAUAAUAAUAAACAGUGUACACAUACC